CUCCGGAGCUCGCCAGCCAUUGGACAUGAAACUUCGGCUAGGCUGCACGAGUCAUUUCCGUACAUGCUUUACGGACGAGACACGAGAAGGCGGACAGUUUGAUUGCGUAACAUCAUCAAUGCGUUUAUUGAGAAUACAGACAUGCGGAUCUACUCUGCACAGGGUUGGGUAUCUCCAUCUCCUCAAUGGGCAUCCACAAAUGUGAACCACGGCGUGAUGUCGGCGUAGUUUUGCGAGCUGAUCCAGAGGGCGUAGUUGCUAUCACGCGAUAAUCGUCAGCGAUUAAGGUUGAUUCGGUCCAUGCACAAUGGUAAGAUGCUCACCCCUCUGGAUACUGGCUACCCACGUGCCACUCGUAGCUGCCAUCAAUGGGAACGGCCUUGACGUCCUUGAAGAUGUGGUCCACUUCGUUCCAACCGGUGGACGUCUCUUUGACGAGAAGCAUGUGGAGGGUCUCGUCGCAGUCCACCAUCCACUCGACAUUGACUGUGCUGCCCAGUGUGAUCUGAUCGUUGAUGGGGCCGAGGAAGACUUUGGCGCUGGCAGUGGCUGCCGUCGCAACAAGGGCGGCGAGAGUGGCGAACUUCAUGUUGGUUGAAAGGAAGGUGUCGUUGAACGCUAUGGUAUGCGGAAAUGCUGAUCAAAUGGUGAUGAGGCGGGCAAUGAUGUGCAACGAACGUCGCAGCAUCGCGAGGCUUUAUACAACA